GUGGGCAGUAAACGGAUUGGUAUCGUUUCGAAAUCAAAGGCAGCAGAUGUGGCUCUUUCGCUUGCUGCUUUUGUCCCAAGUGUGGGGGCUGUGGUGUGGAUCAGUGGCUGUUCAGCCAACAGUGUAUUUCCUUUGUUCUAUAAGAAAAGAGAAAUCCUGCCUGCUUUAAAGUUUGACAUCAAUAAACUAAUUCCUACACAGUCUGGAGCAGUCAUUGGAAAGUAUGCCAUGGAUGAUCCUCUAGAAGAGGAGAAUAGGGCUACUUUAGUCCCCAUUGAACAAGCAAACACUCAUUUCCUCUUUGUAGCCCCAGAGGACAAUCUCAGUUGGGACAGUAAGGCUUACAUGAUGGAGAUGAAGGAGAGACUGAAAAGUGUUGGGAAGAAUAACUUCGAGAGUGUCUGCUAUCCUAAAGCUGGACACUUUUUAGAACCCCCGUAUGGCCCAUUCUGCCCCUCCAGCUUAAACAUGUUCUUAAAAAAGCCAAGUCUGUGGGGGGGGGAAUCAAAGGCCCACGCAGCAGCUGAAGUUGACAUGUGGAAGAAGAUCCAGGAGUUCCUCAAAAGACAUGUGAGCUGUGAUCCUGAGCAGAAUAAAGCCAAAUUAUAGAUUUACGUGUAAAUAAUUUUACAUUUCAACAUUAAAGUCAUUCUUGUAGUCUUGAUUGUUACUGUUUGAAAGCUGGCAAACGACUUAUUUUUGAAAAAUAACAUUAGCUUUAUGUCUUUAUAAGAGUUUUCUGUCAUUCUUUCCCAUUUCCUAUUCCAAAAUUAAAAAUAAAGUGUGGUCUUUUGUGUCAGCA